AUGGGCUUCAGGGAGACCUGUGCGCUGUGCUGGGCUGAAUUUUGGGAUUACGAAACUCCCAAAGUUGUGGUGGUCAAAAAUCGGAAUCUGGGAAUUAUCUACAGGAUCAUCCAAGUCCUGAUCAUCAUCUACUUCGUAGUGUAUGUAUUCUUGUUUCAAAAGGCGUAUCAAGAAACCGAGAACGCUCCAGAGAGUUACGUCAUGACCAAAAUGAAAGGAAUCUCAUUCUCAAACACCUCGUUUGAGAAAAGAAUAUGGGACGUGGUGGAGUUUGUCAAUCCUCCAGAGGAUAUUGAAGUUCCAGAAGCGAAUUGCACAACUGAUUCGGACUGUGUGGCUGGGGAGAUGGAAAUGCUGGGAAAUGGUGUGAAAACUGGGAAAUGUGUAACAUACAAGGACUCCACCAAGACGUGUGAAAUCUAUGCUUGGUGCCCAGUGGAAAAAGAACCGGAUGAAAGUGACUUUGUCCUGAGAGAGGCACAGAAUUUCACCAUAUUAAUCAAAAACACCAUCUACUUCCCCAAAUUCAGAUUUACAAAGGGAAACCUUCAGGAGAAUGUGGCACCAGAUUAUUUGAGGAAUUGCACUUUCAGCGAGGAGACCAACCUCUACUGCCCCAUCUUUCCUCUGAACUUCAUCAUUGAGAAAGCGGGAGAGACAUUUGAUGACCUGGUCAGGAAGGGAGGAGUUCUGGCAGUGGUAAUAAGCUGGAAUUGUGAUCUGGAUAAGUCAGCUUCAGAAUGUAACCCAAAGUAUUCUUUCAGGAGGCUUGACUUUGUGUCCAGACACAACAACGUCUCCUCAGGUUACAAUUUCAGACAUGCAAAGUACUACAUCAUGAACAACACCGAAUAUCGAACUUUAAUCAAGGUGUACGGGAUCAGAAUCGAUAUCAUCAUUCAUGGUCAGGCUGGGAAAUUUAGUGUUGUCCCAACAAUUAUUAACAUUGCUGCAGCUUUGACGUCUGUUGGUCUCGGAUCGUUCCUGUGUGAUUGGAUCUUGCUGACGUUUAUGAACAAGAAUGAGGUCUACAGUGAUAAGAAGUUUGAAGAGGUGAAGGAUGAACGAUCCAAAUGUUCAACGACUUAUUGA